AUGUUAGGCUGGACUAGAGGCAGUGAACAAUCGCAGCCCGGUGACCAUCAUGAUGAUGAUCAAUGUCUGUCUAUCAACAAUACUGCAGACCCUCUGAUGGGAUUACCAGUAUAUCCUGAUCAUCGACGUGGUCAAGCUCGAAUCGAUCAAGCUCGAAUUGAUCACUCGUUUAGUACGCUUCAGCCUAUUCACGAUGCCGAUGCAGCGGUAACAGGCCUGCCAGUGCCGCGGCAGGGCAGCAGUCAUCAUGUACCACAGAUGGCUCAUCCUAGACCGCAAUAUAGCAUUCCUCCAAUAUUCUAUGCCGCCUGGUCAACUCCACAGUCUCCACAUCCCCCACCGGCGGCUACGCAUGCAGAGGAUUGUCACGAUGGUGUUUCUACACAUCAACUUGAAAACGCGACCUUACCUGGGCCCGUUCCCAUAGAGCUAUUCGACAACGCACCGCCGUCUCAGUCGGGCGUUGCCCUCGGGUCUCCCUCCUUUUACUAUCUCGAUGACAUCACCCCAUUCAAAAAAGUCAACCGCCGCCGCGACAUACCUAGUAAAGCCAAUCGCCCAGUCUUUAAGAACGCUAAACGUGUCGGCAUGGAGCGAGCCCAGCUCGUCAGGGAAAUGAAUUCUGGCACAUCUUCCGCCAACAUCCAAAGCUCGUCCGAGUCAGACGUGAAGAUCGUGCCCGGAUUAGGCACCAGAAGGUUGAUGGAGGACCUUCGAGACAGAAUGAGAAGGACGAUGUUCGAUCGCGCAUUAUUGCCCCCGAAAGGUUCACUUAGCGCGACGGUGGAUUCUUCGUGGCAAACUGCGGCCAACACAUUCAACGGGACCGACCACGAAUGGGCCAUCCAGACGAUGAAUGACAAGACCUACAUCGACAACAAGAUGGGAUCCGUUAUAGAUGAUGUAUCUGAGGAGAUGUUGGCUGUGGCACAAGUUUUCACGUACCAGCAGUACGGACUCGACUUUGACAUGCCCGUGCUGUUACAGCAGUCGGACAUUGUCAAACGCGCAGAUUAUGUUCAAGGUCUGCUGAACAAUGACUUAUUCAUCUUCGGCCAACUACUAUCUGUCAAUGGAGUUCAAAUUGGCAGCGCAUUGAUCGCUUUCGCGAACACAGCCAUCAUCCGAAUCGUUCGAUAUGUAUUAUACGACAGUCCGCUUCAAUAUCAUAGGUAUAUAUCUAACGGCAAUUACGGACCCCUAGUCUCAAUGACCGCUACGGUCUGUAUGUGGGCGCUGCAACAAUACGAGACAGGUCGAUUUGUCGAAAGGAAGUUUGUGCCAGAAGAAGCCACGCACACAAAUACCGAAUUCCUGAGGGUGUUCGAUAACAUGGCCCCUGUGGACGUUGCUGCCCUUACCGCACAAUUGACUAGCAAUUCUAUAAUGGCUCAAGCUUCGCUCGUCACUACGGCUUGA